UCAUGAUUAUUAUUUAAAUCGAUAUUUUGCUAUAAAAAUGUAAUGAGCUACAAGGUGGGCAACGUCACUGAUCUUAAUUAAUCUUUUAAGAGCUCUGAACUCCCACAAAUACCCCCCCUCCUUUCUUCUUCUUCUUGUAAGCCCAAAGCGAUGGCCAAGGGAAUUCUGUGGGCGACGGCAGAAGACUUGGCGCGAAACCGGCCGAAGAUCCUCUCCCUCUACCGUCAAAUCCUGCGCAGCCUGCAAUCUCCCCAGACCUCCCGCUAACUACGUCCGCUCGCUCGGACAAGAUAGGCCGAGGCUCGCGCCUUCGGGGCCGAGGAGCGGUCCCUUCACAACAUCGCCGAUCUCGUCGACGCCGCCGAGCACUCGCUGUCGAUCCUCAAGAGGGGCCGGCUUCCUUGAACCGGGUCGGGUUUCGUUUUCGAUUUUGCGUUUUUGGUUUUUUUUUUUGUGGUCGUCUGUUUGCGCACGCAAACCGUUUGUUGAAAUGCCUUGCAGAAACUUGGAACCUUUUAUUCUGUACGUCAUCGCUGUAGUCAAAAUUUUACCAAACUUUUUUAA